CAACUCACUGCCACCAGGUUUGCCACCAUCGGCAGUCGCCUCCUAACCAUAAACUUUACUUUACCCUGCCGUCGGCCCACCGCUAUCCUCCAUCCUCGUGGCUUCCAUGCCAGUGCCUUGUCAUUAGCCCGGCCACCGGCAUCUCGCCGUCUUCCAUGACCAUCCCUUAAAGCCCAAAGAUCUUCCUCCUCUUCCCUUCCCACCUCCCACUGCCACUCUAACCCGGGACACUAAACCGUAACUUGUUAGAUUGCAGCCGGUCGCUGGAGUUAGAGGAGAAAAACUGGGAUUUCAGAACACGAAUCGUGAAGCAAUCUUAAAGUCGAAAAUUUGCAAGAUUUUGGCCUCAUCAGUUUAAUGUCAAAUGCCAUUUAGCGAUUCCCUAUUGAUUUACUAUGAUUGCUUGCUUAACCAAAUUCCUGUUUUUUGCAAAAAUAAACAGACCUGAUAGUAUCCUACCUAACUAGAAUUGGUUAAUUACGACUUAGGAGUUAGGACACAUGAGUUAUUCAGCUUUGCACGGCAAAAUCCCAUUGAUCCAUCCAUGCAUCCCAAGCCUAACUCCAUCGUCUCCUUCCUUGUGUUACUACUCUUCCACGUCCUUAUCCUUAGCCAUGAGUCGUCGGCGGCGGCGGCGGCGGCCGGUGGUGAUAGCGACCAUUUCAGGUACGACGGCUUCGCCGGCGCGCCGCUCGACCUCGAUGGCAUGGCCAUGGUCGAGCCGGACGGCAAGCUCAUGCUGACCAACGUCACGUCCCAGAUGAAGGGCCACGCGUUCCACCCGGCGCCGCUCCGCUUCGUCGCGCCGCCGCCGAAGCCGAACGCCACUGCCCCCGCCGCCGCCCGGUCCUUCUCGACCACCUUCGUGUUCGCCAUCGCCGCCGAGUACGUCACGGUGAGCGGCAACGGGCUCGCCUUCUUCGUCGCGCCGAGCAAGAACCUGUCCGCGGCGCUGCCGAGCCAGUUCCUGGGCCUCUUCAACAGCGAGAACAACGGCAACGCGAGCAACCGCGUGUUCGCCGUCGAGCUCGACACCAUCCGCAACCAGGAGUUCGGGGACAUCAACGGCAACCACGUCGGCGUCGACGUGAACGGGCUGGCGUCCGUCGCCUCCAUGCCCGCCGGCUACUACGCCGACGACACCGGCGAGUUCGAGAACCUGACGCUCUUCAGCGGCGCCGCCAUGCAGGUCUGGGUGGACUACGACGGCGCCGCCGCGGCGAUCGACGUGACGCUGGCCCCCGUCGAGGUGCCCAGGCCGAGGAGGCCCCUCCUCUCCGUCGCCGUCGACCUCUCGCCGGUUGUGGCGGCGGCGGACGCGGCGGCGUACGUCGGCCUCUCGUCGUCGACGGGGCCGCACAAGACGCGCCACUACGUGCUCGGCUGGAGCUUCGCCAUGGACGGACCGGCGCCGCCGCUAGACUACGCGAAGCUCCCCAAGCUUCCGCGCGCCAGCACCAAGCGGCGGUCCAUGGUGCUCAAGGUCCUCGUGCCGGUGGCCGCGCCGCUCCUUGCGCUCGCGGUGGUCGUCGCCGUCGCCUCCGUCCUCCUAUGGCGGCGGCGGCGGCGGCGGCACGCCGAGGUCCGGGAGGACUGGGAGGUGGAGUUCGGCCCGCACCGGUUUGCGUACAAGGACCUUGUCCGCGCCACCCGCGGCUUCGACGGCAAGCGGCUGCUCGGCGUCGGCGGCUUUGGCCGCGUGUACAGGGGCGUCCUCCCGGCGUCCGGGACGGAGGUCGCCGUGAAGGUCGUGUCGCUGUCGCACGACGCGGAGCAGGGGAUGAGGCAGUUCGUCGCCGAGGUCGCCAGCGUCGGCCGCCUCCGCCACCGCAACGUCGUGCCGCUGCUCGGCUACUGCCGCCGGAGAGGCGAGCUCCUGCUCGUCUACGACUACAUGCCGAACGGCAGCCUGGACCGGUGGCUGCACGGCCAGAGCGCGCCGCCGCUGGGCUGGGCGCAGCGCGUUCGCGCCAUCAGGGGCGUCGCCGCCGGCCUGCUCUACCUCCACGAGGGCUGGGAGCAGGUGGUCGUCCACCGCGACGUCAAGGCGAGCAACGUGCUCCUCGACGGCGAGAUGGACGCGCGGCUCGGCGACUUCGGGCUGGCGCGGCUGUACGGCCGCGGCGCCGCCGACCCGCGCACGACGCGGGUGGUGGGCACCCUGGGUUACCUCGCGCCGGAGCUCGCGCACACGCGGCGGGUGACGCCGGCGACCGACGUGUUCGCGUUCGGGUCGUUCGUCCUGGAGGUGGCGUGCGGGCGGCGGCCCAUCGAGCACGGCGGCGCCACCGGCGACGACGGCGACGACGGCGAGUUCGUGCUUGCCGACUGGGUGCUCGACCGGUGGCACAAGGGGGACAUCGCCGGCGCGGCGGACGCGCGGCUCCGCGGAGACUACGACCACGAGGAGGCGGCGCUGGUGCUCAAGCUAGGCCUCCUCUGCACCCACCCGGCGCCCGCCGCGAGGCCGCCGAUGCGGCUGGUGGUGCAGGUCCUCGAUGGCGACGCGCCGCUGCCGGAGCUAGCGCCCACGUACCGGAGCUUCAUCACGCUGGCCAUAGUGCAGAACGCCGACGGCGACGACUCCGGCGCCGCUUCGUGCCCGUCGUCGUCGACGGUGACGACGACGAGCGUCGACGACGGCGCAUUCUCCGUCCAUUCCGGAGAUCGCAUGCAAAAAAUCGAAACAUGUUCGCUCAUAGAAACAUUGUAAAUUUGGACGUAAUUUGUUUUUUUUUUGAACAGAGAUAUUCUUUUCUAAAAUCUUGGGAGGUUGCAAACAUUUCAUUAGAUUUCCCUAUUAAUUCCCGUUUGGGCAAUUUCACAACUUCAUUCGGUUAAACGUAGAAAUGCUCACAUGAAUUUCAGUACAAUUUUUUCUCUUA